AUGGAGACGACGCCGCUUGUGCCCGGGGUGGCAGGAACCAAGGCCAGCGCCUCCAGCGCCAAGCUCGACACGUUCCUGGGGGUGUUUGUCCCCACCACCUUGAACGUGCUCCUGAUCCUUAUGUUCCUCCGCUUCGGGUUCAUCAUCGGCCAGAUGGGCAUUGCCGGCACCUUCGGCCUUCUCUUGCUUUCCUACUUUAUCAACGGGCUCACGGUGAUGCUGAUCUCGGCCAUCAGCACCAACGGCACCGUCAAAGGCGGCGGCGCCUACUACAUGAUCUCGCGGCUGUUAGGCCCCGAGUUCGGCGGCGCUGUCGGCAUCAUUUUCUGCUUGGGACAAGUGCUCAACAGUUCGUUGAACGUGGUGGGUCUCAUCGAGCCCAUAUUGGUCAAUUUCGGCCAGGAGCUGGGGGUGAUCGCCAAAGUGCUCCCCACGGGCUACUGGCCCCAAUUCGGCUACUCGCUGAUCCUCCUCGCCGUGUGCACCGCGGUGGCGAUGGUGGGGGCGCAGCUCGUGCUGAAAACCGGGUUCUUCUUGUUCAUCAUCUUAUUUAUCCUGACGGUGCUGGUGCCGAUCCUGGCGAUCUUCAAACAGCCGUUCCACCCGUUCCCGCCUCCAUUUGACAACUUGACCUAUACCGGUCUUUCAUGGGACACUGUGCGCUUGAACAUGUGGCCUCAGUUUACUCUGGGCGCGGCCGGGUCGGUGAUGCCGCCAGGAGUGAAGGAGAACUUCCGCAAUCUCUUUGGCAUUUUCUUCCCCGCCACCGCCGGGAUCUUCGCCGGGGCUAGUAUGCUGGGAGAACUCAAACAUCCCAGUAAAUCAAUCCCUCUUGGCACGAUUCGCGGGCUUCUGCUCACGUUCGUCCUCUACUCAUUCGUCAUUCUUGCCCUCGGCCUGCUGACGCCGCGGCAAGUGUUGCACCACGACAUUGGCAUUAUUCAGACAAUUAACCUUCACCCCGUGGUGGUGAUCAUGGGGGAGUUGGCCACCUCGCUCUUCUCAGUGAUCAUGGGGAUCGUGCUGGCACUGACAAUGCUCACAGCGAUUGCUGGCGACCGUAUCAUCCCCGGCCUCGAGCGGUUCAGUCGAGUAAAGAAACUGCCCCAACAAAAGAAGAAAGCCGACGUCUACUCCAUCUUAGCCACCUGGCUUCUCGCUCAGUUCUGUCUCUUUGCAGACAUCAACGAGAUCGCCACGUUCAUCACCAUGGCCUUCCUCAUGACAUUCAUCGUCACCAACAUGGCGUGUUUUCUUCUCCGCAUCGGCUCGGCGCCUAACUUCCGUCCGCUGUUCCGCUAUUUCAGCUCCAAAACUGCUGGUCUCGGAGUGCUCCUGUGCCUUGUGGCUAUGUUUAUCGUCGACGGCAUCUCGGCUACCCUCAUCAUCUUUUGCCUCAUGUUGCUCAUCUUGAUCAUCCAUUACUGCACACCUCCUCUGCACUUUGGCGACAUUUCUCAGUUGCUUAUCUAUCACCAAGUACGCAAGUACCUUUUAAGGUUGAAACUUAAUAUGAGCGUCAAGUACUGGCGACCUCAAAUUUUGCUUCUUGUCGACUCUCCUCGGACACUGUGGAACCUUAUAGGGUUUUGCAACCACUUGAAAAAAGGAGGGCUCUACAUCCUAGGGCACGUGGUGAUCCAAAGCGACGAGAGUGCUAACCCCACCCUGAUGUUUGGCGAAGUAAAGAAACAAAAGCAGGCGUGGUCCAAGUUGCGAGAUAUGCUCAACAUCAAGGCAUUUGUCCAGAUUGCUUGGGGUCCCUCUAUCGUGUGGGGGGUACGCAAUGUAUAUUUAGGUCUGGGGCUCGGUGGUAUGCGACCCAAUAUCACCGUGCUUGGGUUUUACGACUUUGCCAAACGGGGUCUUGAUUCGUUCGCGUUGACUUCAGGUAAACUGUCACUGGGGCUCCCCACUGACGAAUGUCGUGCCGAGCGUAAAGUGCUGAUAAGCCAGUGGGUCCAAAUAGUGGAGGAAUUGGUGAUCAUGCAAGCCACAGUGGCCGUUGCUGCUAACUUUGGUAAUCUUCACCUCCCCGACCUCAAGUUCAAGCCUCACCACGUCUUCUCCAAGUAUAAGACGAAAAUGAGGCUCGAUCACGAGCAGAAGCGGUUUAUCGAUUUGUACCCGAUUCAAAUGCUGAGCAUCAACCAAAUGGGUGACGGCAAGCUGGUUUUGAGUACCAACUUCGACACCUACACGUUGAUUCUUCAAUUGGGAGCGAUCUUGGCCACGGUUGACGAAUGGAAGUAUUCGCACCAGUUACGAGUGAUUGCCUUUGUUGAAACCAAGGAAGAGAUUGCUGAAGAACAGGACCGGUUAGCAGAGUUAUUAGACUCAUUGCGGAUUGAUGCCAUCACAAAGGUGGUAGCGUUAGAUCAAGGACUCCCCGGCGAAAAGGGGCUUGCGUCGUAUAACUUUGUUGUCAAAGGGUAUAACAAAACUCCUUUCAACGCUAACGAGUACGCUCGCAUUGACCAAGUACUCAAAGGCGACCAGUGGUGGCGCAACUUGUGUCAAGCUCGCGAGGCAUUAAAGGAAAUCGACCGCAAGCGCAUGUUACGAAACCAGCUGAAGGCGUUUCUUAACGAGUUUGGUAAGCCGCCGGUGGAACGGUUUGCGCCCUUGAAUUUAGGCGGCGGCACCUAUGGGUCAAUGCAGCCACUGCUUCAAGUCCCUAAAUCAAUGCAGCGACGUGCUACUCUUUCAAAUUUGAACCAACAGGGGAUGCUGCUUUCGUUUGGCAUGCGCGCCGGCUCCAACUACUUCCCCGGUGACGCAGGAAGCGACUACCUGGAGCUGGAGAUCGAAGACGAAAGGCUGCCUACACCACCACCAAACUUUCGCGACCCGUUCGUCCUCAACUCAGACUCUACUUAUGUUGAAUCAAGUUCGCCCGUACAACCCGAAUCUCCGCAGUUGACCGUCGAGCCUUCGAAUGUGCUGAUUAGGCUGUCAGUGUCCAACUUACGCCCUAACUUUAGUGCGGUGAAAAUCCCUAAACCGUACAUUAACGAUGACGAGGACGACGUAGCUGGUGAUGAUGACGAGGAGAAUAAGCCGUCGAUCCAGUUUGAGGAGACGUCCGAUGACGAAGGUACUUUGACCAUCAAGCCGCGGGCAACGCCAAGCGCAAAGCCGUCGUCCCGAAAUAUCAUCAACAAUUAUGAGAUUAACGAACAAUUAAAGACGCCCCAAUUCUUGGCUCAAGAUGAUGACGAUGUUGAGAUUCCUCCGCAACGGCUUGACGAUUGGCAAUCUUCGCCGAAAUUGCUGGCUCGUAAGGUGAGCUCCACUAGCGGUAUCACCAAGCGCCAGCUUCAGGAGGAACUCAAAGGACUCACGUUCAGUGACUUGCCGGCUAAAGGCCAACACUUGAUCCUUAAUGAUCUCAUGAAGGUCAUGCUGCCUCAAGCUACCACCGAUGUCAUUUUCCUGACACUUCCAGCCCCAGUACUUGGCACCCACAAGAAUGAGGCCGACUCUAUCGAGUACACGCGGAACUUGGCAGUGUGGUUCGAGGGAUUGCCGCCGGUGUUGUUGUUUAACUCACAAACAGUAACCGUGACCACAAACCUUUAA